AUGCAUGAAUCAAUACGAGUCGAGUCACAGAUCGAUCACAGACGUCUAGAAAGGAAGCCUGACACAAGAACAAAUAUUCAAACAUGUGUCAUUAGUUUAUCUGAAGGCAAGGCCAUUUUAAAGGGAUAUUGUAUAAGAGUGAAGGAUCUAUCUAUCUAUCUAUCUAUCUAUCUAUCUAUCUAUCUAUCUAUCUAUCUAUCUAUCCCAGUCUGUUCAUUAUCUAUCUAUCUAUCUAUCUAUCUAUCUAUCUAUCUAUCUAUCUCAAUCUUCAUUUUUAUCUAUCUAUCUAUCUAUCUAUCUAUCUAUCUAUCUAUCUAUCUAUCUAUCUAUCUGCAUCAUUAUAUUGUAGUUUCAUCAGUAUAUUUUAAUUUGUUCCUAUCUAUCUAUCUAUCUAUCUAUCUAUCUAUCUCUAUCUAUCUAUCUAUCUAUCUAUCUAUCUAUCUAUCUCUAUCUUUUAAUUUUCUAUCCAAUGACUCUUUUUUUUUAGUUCCAUAUUUGGAACGAAGCCUUUCUUAA